AUGCACCAGUUACCUCAACCGACAACCUCCAACUUCAAUCGUAAUGAUAAAAAUGGGGAUCCAAAGAAAUGGACGAUCACCGGCAACGUAACUGAAAAAGGUUUUCCACUCACAACCUUUGUGUAUUGGCUCAACAAUGGUAUCAACUAUGCCAAAGAAGUUUAUGCAAAGAUGAAAGAAAGUCAAAUGACCGACCUUGAAAUCUUCCGAGCGGAGCUAGAGACAUACUUGCACCAGAACCAGCUUCCAAUAAAUGGACAACCUCACAACACCAAUGCAAAUCUGAUUGAGUUCGCCACCAACAUUGAAUGGGAAACACAAGAUUUCACUUUCGAAGUUGACCAGUUGCCAUACAUGCUCUCGCUAAAUGGAAAAGGAAACCUUCUCAAUUAUGCUGGAGAAAACAUUGCCGGAUUGAACAGUGCUCAACUCUACGUGAAGGCUCCAGGACCCAGAACCAGCAUUCACCCAGAAAACAGUGCUCUCACGUCCUUCUAUCACAAUAUCGGUCCAGGGGAUUGUGUUUUGUACGGUGUCCCAUUAAGUAGAUCUCUAAUAAACUAUUCAAAUGUCUUCUGUGAAACAUAA